GUAUUCUAUGGUUGUUUUGUUUUGGAUUUGGACGCUCGUCACCUCUUCAUCUUUAAUCAAGCUAAUAAUAUUUUAUGUACAGUUUUAUUAUGUUAUUAUGAGUGAGAAACUAAAAGAUAUUCGUGAGAGGUCGCAGAAAAGGAAGAAAUUAUUGGCUCAAACACUUGGCGUUGGCAGUGUCAGUGAAUUAAGACAUGCUUUAGGGGCAUCUCUUGACGUCCCUGCAAAAAAGCAAGCAGUCUCUGACACAUUUAACGACGGAAAUGAGAAAUCCACAAGUAAUAAAGAUCAGAUCGAUGGUCUCGUUUAUACAGACUCUUCAACGUUUUUGAAGGGCACGCAAUCAUCCAACCCUCAUAAUGACUACUGCCAACAUUUUGUGGAUACUGGUCAGAGACCACAGAAUUUUAUAAGAGAUGUAGGACUGGCUGACCGUUUUGAAGAAUACCCAAAGUUGAGGGAACUUAUCAAACUAAAAGAUGAUUUAAUAGCAGAGACUGCUACCCCUCCUAUGUAUUUGAAAUGUGAUUUAAAGACUUUUGAUUUGAAGCAGCUCGGUAGCAAGUUCGACGUUAUCUUGGUGGAGCCACCGCUGGGCGCAGGCUGGCGCUGGCCAGAGCUUCUGGCACUAGACCUACAGCAGCUGGCGCAAGCACGGUCCUUCAUCUUCCUCUGGUGUGGAAGCUCUGAAGGUCUCGAUAUGGGUAGAGAAUGCCUUAAGAAAUGGGGUUUUCGACGUUGUGAAGAUAUUUGCUGGAUAAAAACCAAUAUUAAAAACCCAGGACAUUCUAAAAAUCUGGAACAUAAUGCAGUAUUCCAGAGGACGAAGGAACACUGCUUGAUGGGCAUCAAAGGAACAGUCCGUCGAUCAGUUGAUGGAAACUUCAUCCAUGCUAAUGUUGACAUAGAUCUUAUAAUAUCAGAAGACCCAGAAUUUGGAAGUACAGAGAAACCGAUAGAGAUAUUUCAUAUCAUGGAACAUUUCUGCCUUGGAAGGAGAAGAAUCCAUCUAUUUGGGCGGGACUCCACGAUUCGUCCGGGAUGGGUGACAAUCGGACACGAGCUGACCAACUCUAACUUCAAGGCGGAGACGUAUGCGGCGCAAUUUGCGGAAGGACGCGAAACCACCGGUUGCACCGACCGUAUUGAGGCACUUCGUCCCAAGAGCCCACCUAAUACUAGCAAAGGUGCACGCCCUCGAGGCCGCCCUGCCUAUCGCGCACGCCCAAGACCCAGACCUAAUCUCUGAAUUAAUAAUGUAAAUUUCAACAUCAAAAACAUAUUAAUAUGAUCAUUGUUCAUACAUAAAUUCCGCACUGCGUGCAUCGCAGUAGCAAUAUUAACAUAUUAUAGUAUAUAAUUGACCCUACACAUAGGUAUAAGAAAUAUAAUGAAAUACAAUUUAUUUCGAG